AUGACCAGCAUGAUGUACAACGACAAGGCACGAUUCGCAUCGCUGGAGCGGACACCUUCUGGCAGGCCGACACCGAAGCUGCGCCGUCGAGUGCCUCAGAGAACUGUCUGUCUCCUUGCCCUUCCUGGAGCCGACGACGUCGUUGUAAUCCUCAAGACUGGCUCCACCGAGCUGCGAGACAAAUUGCCGGUCCAUCUGAACACCACACUGCGAUGCUACCCACACUAUCUCAUCUUCUCGGACUAUGAAGAGACAUACAAGUCCGAGCACAUCUACGACGCCCUUGAGUUUGUCAACUCGUCCAUCAGACACACACAUCCCGACUUCGAGCUUUGGCGCCGUUUGCAAAAGGGUGGCAGGGCUGCUCUGAAGCCGCAUGAGUUGAGUGGGCCCAUCAGCAGGCCUCAAAAAGAUGCCAUGGGCAAGCCAUCGAAUCCGGGCUGGAAGCUGGACAAGUGGAAGUUCUUGCCCAUGGUCAACAGAACUUUGCAUGAGUAUCCGGACAAGAAGUGGUACAUCUUCGUGGAGACGGACACAUAUGUCAUGUGGCAGACACUGCUGAACUAUCUGCAUGCUUUAAACGCGGAGAAGCCGUACUACAUCGGCGGGCAGAUAUGGAUAGCAGACGUUCAGUUUGCACAUGGAGGGACAGGCUUUGCAGUUUCCCAUCCUGCCAUGAAGAACGUCGUGGAUAUGUAUCAGGCUGAGCAGACCGCUUGGGAGAAGUUCACCAAUGAUCACUGGGCAGGCGAUUGUGUGUUGGGCAAGGCUUUCAAAGAUUCUGGAACGAACCUUACUGAAGCAUGGCCAAUCUGGCAGGGCGACGAUGCGGGCAAGAUGGAGUUUUCGCGAAAGGAUGGGCCUGGAGAAGGGUAUCGGCUGUGGUGUAUGCCGAGUGUGAGUUACCAUCAUCUUGGGCCGACCGUGGUUGAAGAGCUUUGGCGAUUCGAGCAGGACUGGAUGAGUCGGCCUGCGAAGAUGCCCCCGAAGACUUUGCGGCACAAAGACGUAUUCGAUGGGUACGUGCUUCCACGCAUCAGCAAGGCAAGAUUGGAUUGGUACAACCAUGCAGACGAAGAUCGAGGACCCGUGCCUUCGCUGGAGGUAUGUGCAGAUAUAUGUGAAGCCGAUGCAGCUUGCCUGCAGUAUGCUUUGAGUACAGACUUCCGCUGUCUGUCCUCCUCAAAACCAAACCUCGGGGAAUAUUCACGAGGCAUGGAGAGCGGAUGGAUGGUGAAUCGGAUCGAGAAGUGGGCGGACAAGAUGGAGCCAUGUCCCAAGGGUGCCAAUUGGAUAACGUGA